UAGCCGGCAGCCAAUCGGCGCGACUGGCCGAUGCGGCAGACGUGACACGGCCUUUAUCUACGUCACGCGAUCACGUGAUCGCGCGGAGGAGAAGUGCUAACGGAAAAUCAGCGGUUUACGUUUACGGUGGGACAAAUCUGCUUCGGAUUAGAGAAGAUGCGAUGUCCCGAUGUUCAGAUGUGAUCAGAUCCGGAAAUGUACCGGAAGUGAAAGCAGCAGCCAUCGAUCAUUCAAUGCAAAACUGUAGAGCAAUUAAUUCAAUGACGAACGAAUAAUAUAUAUAUUGUAGGAUGAGAGAGUACUUCUGAUGCAUAUACGCAAUAGCUGUACAUUUGCGACGUUUCUCAGCUAAUACAUCCUCGAAGGUUUAUGUCAUUUUGCAAUGUCGAAGAUGAGGAUUCCAUCGAUGAACCUAUCGUUUUCCGUGUCCCUGCUAUAUACAGCGAUAAAGUCAAGAUACAUGAUUGGCAGGUGAAGACUUUGUCCGAGCCUAGAGACAAUACGGAUAUAUUUCCACCGAAGGGAAAUCUGCACAAAUCCUCAUAUCGAAGACUCGGUCCGGAGGACGAGGGCACCGGGAUUUCGGAGACACGCGCCAUGUUGUCGCAAAUUGAGAUGAAAGACGAGUACAAACCGAUUACUUAUCCACGACGAAGUUUACUCACCAUGCAAUCGUUGGCUUGUGCAGAAAAGGAUUACGAGGAAAAGGAAUUAAAAUUAACUGACAUUUUGCUGGAUCCGAUGGCGAUUUGUCAGCUGGACUAUCGCACCAGUACAAGCAGAGAUUAUCGCUCGCCUUAUCCUCCAAAACCGAAACCACCACCGUCGCCACCGCCACCGGAACCGUGGCUGUUAAAUCGACGCACCAUCGGCUACAGUCCUCAAGAUCUGGAGAAUCGUUGCGGGUACCACAUGUUUCUGGACGACGACAUGGAUCUUCAUCAGAGAAUAGCAGAGUUGAAAAUGAGAAGGGACCUUCCACGGCUCUUUCUCGUCUUCAUUUGCGAUUUAAAAAUGACAGAAGAUAAAGAGACCACGGGGCAGAAAGGUCUGUCCGAAUGGUGGAGCGAAGAAACAGAAUAUGUGCUCCAGAAGAUCGAGAGAUGGGCGACCUUUGUACGUGGUUACAAUCGUCUUCGAUCUCAAAGGUGGUCCAGGGAAGCUUCUUCGGACGAAGCCACGCAAUUCUACAGACUCAAGCGGUCCAAAUGGAAAUCGCGUCCUGAGGAGACCAAGAUUAAUUGCUGCGGCACGUUCAACUAUCAAUCGAACAGCAAGCUGGAGAACAAUUGUCUGGAAACUUAUAGCUACGACCACAGUAUCUAUUUCAAGACUAUCGGUGACAUCAGGAGCGACAAGAGAGACAUCAUCAGGGAUGUAGAUCAGGAUAGAGUGUCUAUUAGCAGCGAGGAGUUAGUAGAAUGGGAUGCCAGCUCGCUCGUCGAUCAGAUUGCUGACAAACCGAUCUCUGAAAAGAAUAACAAUCCGGAUGUUUCGGACGCCGUUGCUCAAGAGACUCGAGCGGUGCAAAACGCCUGGCCGAUCGUAGAUCUGUCGAAACUGGAUCUGAAUUUGAUGGGCAAUCAAACGAGAGACGAACGACUUCCGGUUGAUCGAGAUAAUUAUGGAAGAGAUGAACAGGAAAACAAUAAUAGACCGACGGAGGAAGAAGGGAAUAAGGGUGAUCGAGAGAAUAAGUCGAGAAAUGGCGAGACGAUGAGAAACUUUCCGUCUUUUCGGAAAACCAGACAAUCGUCUACGCGAAGAUCGUUAAUUGUCGAUGAAAAUAAUAUCGUUCGGCCGAAUGUUUUUCUGAAUUACAACAACAACUUUGAUGUCGGUAUAUCUCUGCAAGAUUAAAAUAAAACAUUGAAAAAUGUAUACGUUAUUAAUUCUAUAUGCUAUUAUGUACUAAAAUUUAUAAAUAUUUUGAUCAAGGAAUCCUCGAAUUGUAUGAAAUAAUUUUGGCAAUUUAA